AUGACAGUCAACCCCGAGAUUUUGUCAAUCACAACUGGUGUUCUUGGGUUGUUAUUAAUAGCCCUGAAUACAGCACCAGCAACACUCAAUGUUGUCCACCGACUGUCGAGCAGAUCUCAGCCCAUACGGCUGGAGACAUUGCUACUGAGCGAACCGGGUUACCAGGAUGAGGAUGGAGAAGCGACCGAGUCAUCCCUGCUGGAGUUCUCUGAUUCCUGGCAGAGAGUUGCCAUCGCGAUAUUAUCUGUGGUCGGGCUAGAACUUUCGCUCGCGUCAGCAAUUGUCUGCCUCCAGACCGGCCAGAGCUACUUCAUUAUCCCUUUCUGGUUGCUCUUAGGGAGUUGGGCUCUGCUUUGCCUACAGUCUGUUGCUUUUUUUACAGAGUCGUCGACGGUGGAACGGUAUCGGCUGAGCAUCUAUUCGUUCUGGGCGAGCUCACUCACAGUCGCGGUUCCCUGCAUUGAGGUCAGCUUGCUCUGGUCUGCUGGCUACAACGUCAACCCCGGACACGUACAGACGGUCCUUGUCAUAAGUCAACUUAUUGCAGCAUCACUGCGCAGCCUGUGCUCGAUUCUUAUACCCCGUCGGCCGAACGUAUAUCAUGAUGGACAAGUCGUUGACCAAGAGCUCACCUACAGCGUAUAUAGUCGAUUUACCUUCAGCUGGGUCAAUGGAUUGAUGAAAUAUGCCGCGGAAAAUAGAAGUCUUGAAAUUGACAGCCUACCGAAGCUACCGUUCGCCAUCCGUUCCGAAAAUCUCUACAGGUGUCUUGAGGAGACCCGUCAGUCACGCAAGCUAUGGAAAGCACUGUUCCUCGGACAUAUCCGACCACUGAUUUGGCAGGCUGCGCUGAGCUUGGUAACUUGCGUACUGAGCUUUGGGCCACAAGUUGCCUUGUAUGGUAUCCUGAAAUCGCUGGAAGAGCGGUCCGCUGGGUCGGGAGGUAAUCUACAUUCUUGGCUAUGGGUGGCAGCCUUAGGAGUGGUGAUUGUUGUGUCCUACAGCAUCGAGUCAUGGCUUUGGUGGAUAAUCUCAUCGCAGCUUUGGGUUCCUAUCUAUGAGGGGCUAUCAGCUAUCGUGUUCGCCAAAUCAAUGCGUUGCAAAGAUGUUAAGAAUAUGAAAUCAACAACGCAAGACAGUACCCCCGAUGAAGAAGAAACACGAGAGGAAAAGAGUCGCCAGAGCAUCAUGAAUCUAGCGGCGGUCGAUUCAAAGCGGGUUGCCGACUUCGCUACCUUCAACUACCUCAUUCCUUCGUGCAUCAUGCGUCUCUUGCUGGCUAUUGCUUUCUUGGCCCAUUUGCUUGGAUGGCGAAGUCUCCUAGCUGGACUGUCGGUGUCGGCUGUGAUAACUCCGCUGAAUACUUUCGUGACGAGGCGGUACUCGGCUGCACAGCAGGAAUUCAUGAAGGCUAGUGAUCAACGUACUUCAGCUGUAACCGAGGUACUGCAGGGGAUCCGACAAAUCAAGAUCUCUGCGCUCGAGCAACAGUGGCAAGAUCGUAUUACGGAAAAGCGUCGUGUUGAGCUCGGCCUUCUCUGGAAGACUUCGCUCUAUACUACGGGUUUGGUAUCAGUCUGGAUCUUAGGGCCGCUCAUGCUCUCAGCUGUCUCUUUGACUGUAUACGCCUUGAACUACGGGAACCUUCCUGCCUCGGUCGCAUUUACUGCGCUCUCUGUUUUUGGAAACCUGGAGUCUUCACUAGCCGGCCUUCCGGACCUCAUCUCGAAAGGGAUGGAAGCCAAAGUCAGUUCUGACCGCAUCGACAAGUAUCUUGCAUCCGCUGAAAAGGCCCCUUAUACCAGCGACGUCGAUUCGAUAUCGUUUGAUAGUGCCACCAUUGCAUGGCCAAGCGCAGAAGAAGAAAGUCGCAAGCUUCCAGAUAUGGGUGACCGCUUUGUCCUCCGUAACUUGAACGUCCAGUUUCCUUCGAAAGGGCUAAGCGUAAUUGCAGGAAAGACUGGGUCCGGUAAGAGCCUGCUCCUUGCUGCAAUCUUGGGCGAGUGCGACGUUAUACAGGGUUCGAUAGCAGUGCCGCAUUCACCUUCUCUCGAGGAACGACAGGACGACCGAGCUAUGCGUGACAACUGGAUCAUAGAUACGGCCCUGGCGUAUGUGGCACAGAACCCCUGGAUAGAGAAUGCAACCAUCCGAGACAAUAUACGCUUCGGCCUACCAUACAACUGGCGAAGAUACCGAAAGGUCUUGAUGGCAUCCGGCUUGGAAAAGGACCUCACAAUCCUACCCGACGGUGACAUGACUGAUGUCGGCGCGAACGGUAUCAACUUGAGUGGCGGACAACGGUGGCGCAUUUCCUUUGCCCGCGCGUUGUACUCCCGUGCUGGGAUUUUGGUUAUGGACGAUAUCUUCAGUGCUCUAGACGCCGAAACUGGUCGCCAUGUGUACGAGCAGGGACUUACUGGAUCGUUAGCAGAGAACCGUACAAGAAUCCUCGUUACACAUCACGUUGGACUGUGCUUUCCUCGCACCGACUAUUGUGUUCUUCUCGAAAAUGGAUAUAUGACGCACGCUGGACCGGUGGACCAACUACGGGCUGCGCAAGGCCUGACAGACUUCCUGCAAGAUUUAAAUGCUGAGAUGAGAGGUUUACAGGAUAGGGAGGUUGCACGCGAUGCGUCGCGUAAAAAGCGCUCCUCAGUUGGUCCUCCGCCGGCACCAACGGACAGUCAUGCUCCAAAACAGUUCACACAAGAUGAAUAUCGUGCCACCGGGUCCAUCCCGAUGAAGGUAUACACAGCAUACAUGACAAAGGACAAUAGUUGGCUGGCAUGGACGCUCACUUUCUUAACGUAUGCAGGCUUUAUGGCUCUCUUAGUCGGUCGAUCCUGGUGGGUCAGUGCCUGGACGAGCUCGAAGCCAACGUCUGGUACGGUGAACUCAGGUACAACAUGGGAUUAUACAGUGCAACGAUUCAAGGAGGUUCGAGUUGACAAUGAUCUUAUGUUCUACCUUGGUGUCUACCUGGCCUUGUCGGCUGCCGCCUGUGUCAUAGGCACGCUACGACAGUUAGCAAUAUCUUACGCAUCAUUGAAAUCCUCCCGUCAACUGUUUGACGAUCUACUUGCGGUGGUUCUUCGGGCGCCUAUGCGAUGGUUGGAUACAGUGCCUCUCGGUCGGAUCUUGAACCGAUUCACAUCCGACGUCUAUACGAUAGAUUGGCGACUCGCUUUUGACCUUGGGCACUUUGUGUACAAGGUGCUGGAACUGGCAGGCAUUAUGGUUGCUGGCUUCCUCGUCUCGCCAGUACUCCUUGUUUUUGCCUGCCUGUUGCUCGUCUUCUGUGUCUACCUGUCGAACUCGUAUCUCGCUGGUGCAAGAGAGCUCAAACGCCUGGAAAGCAAUUCGAAGAGCCCGGUGAUGGAACAAUUUGAUUCCAGUUUGGCUGGCUUGACCACGAUUCGUGCGUUCAAUAAGGUAGAGGUAUAUGUCCGACAGAUGUACUCAAAGAUCGACCGACACGCACAAACAGUAUGGAAUUCAUGGCUCUUUAAUAGAUGGUUGGCCUUCCGAAUGAGUAUUGUUGGUGCCAUCUUCUCUACAGGAGCAGCCGCCCUAGUUGUGUACGUCCCAACUAUUCCUGCAGCCCUAGCAGGCUUCGCAAUUAGCUUUGCUCUGCAGUAUAACUACGCCGUGUCCAUGGGCCUCCGCUUCUAUGCAGAGAUGGAAAUGGACAUGAACUCCACCGAGCGUGUUCUGGAAUACUCUGACCUCGACACAGAAGACCAGGGGGGCUACGAGCCACCAGCCGCAUGGCCUUUGCGCGGUCGCGUCGAGGUAGACAACCUGGUAGUCGCCUAUGCGCCCGAUCUCCCACCAGUGCUGAACGGACUCAGCUUCAACAUGGAGCCCAACCAAAGAGUCGGUGUUGUGGGUCGCACGGGUGCUGGAAAGUCAUCAUUGACAUUGGCUUUAUUCCGAUUCUUAGAAGCUCGAAAGGGUCACAUCGUUAUUGAUGGUCUGGAUGUGUCGAAAAUGACACUUCAGGCACUCCGGAGCCGCUUGGCCAUCAUACCCCAAGACCCUGUUCUUUUCUCGGGAACCGUGCGGUCUAAUCUGGACCCGUUCCAUGAGUACACGGACACGGAGCUCUACAAUGCGCUGGAACGUGUACAUCUCCUUUCGUUUGAGGAUGCUAUCACCCUUGCUUCACAGUCUCAACAUGAUUCUUUUAGCGGAAGCGAUACAUUGGCGUCAACCCCCAUCUCACCUACCACAGGAUAUUCCAAACCUUCCAGCUUCUUUACCUCAUUGUCGGCUCCGAUUUCCGAGGGCGGAUUAAAUAUUUCUCAAGGUCAGCGCCAGCUACUCUGUCUUGCUCGGGCCAUUGUCGCCCAGCCGAAGAUAAUGAUCCUGGAUGAGGCCACUUCCGCUGUGGAUAUGGAGACAGAUGCCCUCAUCCAACGGUCUAUCCGAUCUGAAUUUGGGCGUCACGACUCCUCCCUGCUAGUCAUCGCUCAUCGACUUAGCACGAUCGCUGACUUUGAUCGGAUCCUUGUAAUGGACGCAGGUAAGGCCGUUGAAUUUGGGCCACCUCUAGAACUACUCGGAAUUGAGGGUGGAGUAUUCAGAAACCUAGUUGAGAACAGCGGCGAGAGAGCAGUGUUGGAAGAGAUGAUUCUUGGAAAGCGAAAUUGA